CCAGAUGAAUUUGUCAAAAACGAACCAUGUUGCUUCCCCAACAUAUCAAUGCCAAAUCAACCCUAUAAAAAUAAUAUACACAAUCUCACCUGUUAACAUUUUUUUCUUUAACGAACGGCAAUUAAUUUACAAUGGCCGUCACGAAAAGCCUCUCAAUCUUCCUCUUCAUCGCAAUGAGCUGCGUCGCCGCAGCUCAGGCAGCGAACUUCAACAUCACAAAUAACUGCACCUACACGGUGUGGGCCGCUGCCGUGCCCGGCGGCGGCGCAAGGCUUAACCCUGGCGAAUCGUGGAACAUCAGCGUGACGAACGGCACAACAGGAGGACGCAUCUGGGGUCGAACAAACUGCACCUUCGACAACGCGGGACGCGGGAAGUGCCUCACCGGCGACUGCGAGGGUGUUCUGGAGUGCAACAAAACAGGUACACCCCCGAACACGGUCGUUGAUUUCGCGUUGAACCAGUAUAACAACCUCGACUUCUACGACAUCUCCCUCGUCGACGGUUUCAACGUUCCCCUACAGCUGACCCCGACCUACAACUGCAGUUCCGUUAAAUGCGCCGCCGACAUCAUCGGAGAGUGCCCCACUCAGCUCCAGGUUCCUGGCGGCUGCAACAACCCCUGCACGGUUUUCAAUACGACUCAGUACUGUUGUAGCACCGGAGCUGCUGGGUGCGGUCCCACAGAUUAUUCCAAGUUCUUCAAGGAGAGGUGCCCUGAUGCCUACAGUUACCCUAUGGAUGAUGCAACCAGCAUGUUCACUUGCAUGGGAUCCGAUUAUAGGGUUGUGUUUUGCCCUUAAUUAAUUCAACAUCAUCAAUUACUUUUUUUUUAAUUUUUUUUUAUUUUCCUUCUCUAAUUUCGUGAUCCCCAUUUGUGUUAUUGUUGAAUACUUUGAUAUGUGUAUUAUUUAUCACCAAAUAAAGACGUUCUUAAUUGGGGGCUUUGGGCGCGGAUCUCUGCCUGCUGAGAUGUCCCAAAAUAAGUAAUAAACAUCUACAUAAAUUAAUUCACAUGUCCCAAAAGAGUUCUUGUUAUUAAAAUCCUAGGGAGUUGAUUUAUGAUUCAUUACAAAAUGUUCGAAUAA